UUGACAGUUCGCGGCGGCCGCAUCAGUUGGCCGAUGCUCGGCGUCGCGGUACGAUCGUUCACCGCCGCCAUCUUGAAUUUACGAAACGCGGGCUAUUUUUUUAAUAAAAAUAAACUAAACGUGUCAACUGUGCCGUUUCCAGUCUUAUUUACACAAAUGUGUACGAAGCUUUAUGUGAAAAACCGAAGUGAAUCAUACUCUACUGACAGCAUAUCCGAACGGAUUUUAUAAAUAUUUAAAAAGUAACCAAGCAUUCCAAAUUGAAAAAAAAAACUAACGUUUAAUUUAGUGUUGCCAUAUUAACAUUAACAAGCUUUUUUAAUACUCAAUAAGGCAGACAUUUACGUGAGUAAUAACAGAAAAAAAAUCGUGUCAAGAUCAAUAAAGUGUGUGUCAAGGGGUUUCUGCAACUUUCCUUUUGUAGAACAAGUUGACUGGAUGACAUCGAUCGUGAUAAAAUAGUGGUGAAUCGUUUAUAUACGACCUCUUACCUUACACGGGCUUAUUGUGGAUGGAUUUUGGCGAAUCCUUUCAUAAUAACUUGUUAAGCGUCAGUGGACAAAAAUAAAGAAAAAGUGCUCACAAAAAAAAAGUGCUAACCUAAAUAAAAAGUGAAGUUGAUAACUAUGAGAAGUGUGUGUGCGUGAAAAUGUCGACACAAGCUUACUACAAGGAGCGACUGGGUUUCGACCCUCAAGAGGUGAUGCAGGAUGGCGUCAACGGUGGCGCCUACUACGAGGGUGGUCAUCCUUCGAAACGGCACAGGGGUGAAUCUGCUGACACCCACGAUCAGGUUUACGAGGAGAACUUGACCAAAUUCAAAGAUGAACGUGAUGCCAUACAAAAGAAGACGUUCACUAAGUGGGUCAACAAACAUCUCAAAAAGGUGAACCGUCACGUGAACGAUCUAUUCGAAGACCUGCGCGAUGGACUCAACCUCAUUUCGCUGCUGGAGGUGCUUUCUGGCGAACACCUCCCGCGCGAAAGAGGCCGCAUGCGGUUCCACAUGCUGCAGAACGUCCAAAUGGCUCUCGACUUCCUCCGCUACAAGAAGAUCAAGCUCGUCAACAUCAGGGCUGAAGACAUCGUCGACGGCAACCCCAAGCUGACCCUCGGCCUGAUAUGGACCAUCAUCUUGCACUUCCAGAUAUCCGACAUCGUAAUCGGUCAGGAAGCGAACGUGACAGCCCGCGAAGCACUGCUGAGCUGGGCUCGGCGCUCCACUGCUAAAUACCCUGGCGUGAGGGUAGCAGACUUCACGUCAUCAUGGCGAGAUGGAUUGGCCUUCAACGCGCUCAUACACAGGAACCGUCCUGAUCUGAUAGACUGGCGUAAUAUCAGAUCAAGACAAGUCCGUGAGCGUUUGGAGACAGCCUUCCAUGUGGUCGAGAAGGAGUAUGGAGUUACCAGGUUAUUGGACCCCGAAGAUGUGGACACCCACGAGCCCGACGAGAAGUCUCUGAUCACGUACAUCUCGUCUCUGUACGAGACGUUCCCGGAGCCGCCCGCGGUACACCCGCUGUUCGACGCGGAGUCGCAGCGGCGCGCCGCCGCCACCGAGCAGGCCGCACAGCAUCGCGCCUGGUUGCACGAGAAGUGCGCACUUAUGCAGGACCGUGCUUUCCCGUCAACUUUGAUCGAAAUGAAGAAGCUGCUCAGCGAGAGCACGCGGUUCCGCCAAGAAGAGGUGCCGCUCAGGCAGCGCGAGAAACAGAAGCUCUUCCAUCAUUACAGGGAAUUAGAGAAAUACUUCGAAUCAGUAGGCGAGUGUGACAUCGAGCCGACGCUGCGACCCGACGCGUUAGAACAGGCGUGGUCACGACUCCUCAUGGCGCAGCAAGAGAGGGAGCGAGACCUCACCGACGAGAUCCGACGCCUCGAGCGGCUGCAGCGACUUGCUGAGAAGCUGCACAGGGACAUAAAACAAACUGAAGGCGGUCUCGACAGCGUAGAACGCCACAUCGAGAGCGAGAUCCGACGCGUAGAGCGCGGCGUUCACCCCGCGGACGCGAAGCUCGCUGCAGAACAAAUCGAACAAGAACUAAGAGCUAUGGAGCAUACUAUACAGGAGAUGUUCCAGGACUCCCAUGCUUUGAGGGACGGGAGAUAUCCUCAAGCCGCUGAUUUGCAUCGACGCGUCCAACAAGUCCACGACCGUUGGCUAAACGCCCGCCAAUCCUUCACCGGGCGACUGGUCCCGCGCCUCUCAUCAGUACGCAUGCCGGUCCAACAGACCACGGUCCGUCGUGAGACCCGCACCGUGCUGGAGACCAGGGUCCAUGACGCUGAUCCCAAGUUCCAGCAGCUGAGUGAAGCUACGAGGUGGUGUAAGGAGAGAUUGAAAAAACUCCACGAAUCUGACUACGGCUCUGACUUGCCGUCAGUUCAGCACGAGCUAGACAAACACCAGAGAGAGCACAAACAGAUCGACCAGUUCCAUUCUAAGGUGGAACAAUGUGUGCACAACCGCUCGAACUUCAGCGGAGAAGAGCUGAACUUGUACAAUCAACAUCUCAGUCAGCUGCAGAAGUUGUAUGCUGAACUGCUGUCUACGAGUACUAAACGCAUGUCAGACCUAGACGCCCUACAAGAUUUCUUACAAUCAGCGACAGCUGAACUCAACUGGCUCAACGAGAAGGAGCAAGUGGAACUCUCACGCGAUUGGGCAGACCCACACAUCAAUCUGCCUGCUGUACAACAUUAUUAUGAGCAACUGAUGUCAUCACUAGAGAAGCGAGAGCUACAGUUCAGCAACGUGAUCGACCGUGGAGAGGCGCUCAUCGCUCAACACCACCCCGCUACCAAGACAAUCGAGUCUCAUCUGCAGGUGAUGCAGUCCCAAUGGGCGUGGGUGCUACAACUGACAUUAUGUCUUGAGACGCAUCUCAAGCACACCACUCAGUACCAUAACUUCUUCGAAGAGGUCAAGGAGGCCGAGAAAUGGAUACAGAAACGCGAAGAAGCAUUAAACACGACAUUCUCGCAGUCCGAAUUCACCCUCGACCAAGGUGAACGACUCCUCAAAGGCAUGCAAGAACUACGCGAGGAGCUGAACUCUCACGGAGGCCUCGUGUCACGCCUCGUAGAGGACGCGCAGGAGAUCCGCCCUGUGAAGCAGAGGAGGGCUCCUAUUACGCGGCCUAUUAGGGCCGAAACUGUUUGCGCUUAUAAGCAUGCUAAUAUGAGUAUCGAGAAAGGCUCAGCAGUGACGGUAGUAGACAACAGUGGCCGCAGUAGAUGGCGCGUGCGACUAGGCGGAGCAGGCACCGACGUGCAGCUGCCGGGCGCCGUGCUGGCGCUGCCGCCGCCCUGCCAUGACGCCGUUGAUGCCGCCGCUAGGCUGCGUAGCGCUUAUGAUAGGGUAAUUCAACUAUGGCAGAGGAAACAGCUGAGGAUGCGUCAGAACAUGAUCUUUGCUACCAUCAAGGUGGUGAAAGGAUGGGAUUUCCCUCAAUUCGUAGCCAUGGGCGCGGAACAACGCCAAGCCAUCAGACGCGCGCUGAACGAGGAUGCAGAGAAACUCCUCGCGGAAGGUGACCCCGCGGACCCUCAGCUGAGGAGACUGCGCCGGGAGAUCGAUGACGUCAACCGACUGUUCGACGAGUUCGAGCGAAGGGCUAGGGCUGAAGAGGAAUCGAAGAACGCCGCCCGCAUAUUCACAGAGCAGUCAUCGAACCUUCUAGAACGCCUGGAUGUACUGGAACGACAGCUGCACGAGAGGAUCGCGAGCCACAUCCCUCGAGACCUCGACACGCUCGAACAUCUGGUGCUGCAGCAUAAGGAUUGGGAGACCAGUGUACAUGCGCUUAAUAGCGAUGUGGAGGAAGUACAGGCUACGUUUAGAGGCAUUGCUCUCAAGACUCCCGCUAUGAAGAAGAGCCUCGACAAGGUGAUGGGCAAAUGGAACGAUAUGCAGUCCAAGAGCCAACUCUUUGUCGAAAGGCUGAAGUUCGUGGAGAUCGUAGUGAACAGCAUGGAGGAGAAUCACCAGACGAUAUCAGAGUUCGAGAUCAAACUCGCUCAGUUCAACGACUUGCCGAACGAUGUUGAACUGUUGAAGGAUAUGCACGAAGAUCUUCUCCGCAUGCAAGUAGCAGUCAGCAAGCAACAGAUCCAAGUAGACCAAAUGAAUGAUGACGCGGAGAACUGCCGCCGUCUCGUCGAGACCUCUCGAGCUGGUCUCCCGCACUCCUCACUGCCGAGAGCAGGGAAACACAUCGACCUGGAGAGACUGGAUAAGGAAGUCUCUCAGCUGAAUAAUAGGUGGAAUAAUGUGUGCAGUCAGUUGGCUGAGAGACUCCGUAGCUGUGAAGCGGCCUACCAACUCCUGCGCAACUACAGCGCCGGCCUAGAGAAGGAGGCGGAAUGGAUCGACGACGCAUACAGCAAGUUGCAGGCUCAGCCUCCCAUCGAAGUCAAGCCGAGGGAACACUUCGAGCCAACCAGGAAUCUACUUACUACCGUCGUGGAGAGGACGCCUAAGAUUGAAAAGGUUAACGUUGAUGGUGGCAGAUACAUAAGGGAGGCUAAGAUAUACUCGUCCCGCUGCCAACGAUACGCCGAAUGGCUAUGCGACGAGGUCCAUCCAUCUCUCGACAUGCGCCAACUUCGUCGUCAAGCCGACAUCGAGCUGGCCGAGCGCUUCCGAGCGAGAGGCCGAAGUGAUCCCGAACGGAUCCCGAGUGGUUCCGAAGCUGUGGCGAGGGAACUGGAUGAUCUGAACGCGAACUACCAGAGGCUGAUGGAUAUGCUGUAUGAGAGGCUGAGAAGGAUCGCCGCCGCUAAUCCGGGAGACAUCGUCACUUUGCGUCUCGUUGAGGCGAUGGCGCCUCGGUCGGCGCGAUCAUUCCGCCAAGAGUUCAACAUGCAAGACUUGACCACUGAACAUACCUACACUUCGCAUUAUACCACAGAAAAAUACGUCAGAACGUCACACUCAACCGAGCUAGACGGUCAACCAGUUGUUAAAUCCAUGACCAAUGGCAAAUUAAAUUCACCUAAUUACACAACCAAAACAAUCAUAACAGAAGAUGACAGACCUGACGUAAGAAAACUUAAACGAGUCCACAGAAUGUAUGAAGGACCAAACAUUAUUGAAUCUAAAGGUAUAUUGCAUCCCGAGACUAGAGAAAUACUCACAGUCGGUCAAGCAAUCAGCAUGAGAAUACUUGAUGUUCGAACGAAGGUUGCUCUCUGCCCCGACACAAGGCAGACAAUGACUAUUGAACAAGCGGCCCAAGAAGGUCUCAUAGACCCUAAACUUGCUGCACGGUUAACAGGACCGUGCGGUAUGACAGAAGAUGGAAACGAAGUCACAUUAUUAGAAGCUAUACAGAGAGAAUUAUAUGAUGCCGAACAAGGACUAUCAGAUCCUGCAGAGAAGAGAAUCAAGCAAGCAGUUGAGGAGAAAUACAGGCUUUGCGAUGAGACCUUGUCUAAGUUACUGGAAUGGAUUGCUGUGGUGGAAGAGAGACUGGCUAACCAGGAAGCCGUUAAGGAAGAUAUGGAUGAGCUGAGGAAUCAAAUUAAUAUUCUUAAGCUGAUCAAGGAUGACCUGGAGAGCCACCAGCGCCAGGUGUCCGCCUGCGCCGACCAGGCCAAACAGCUGCUCGUCUCCGGAGGCGAUGUGCUGGCUCCUCAUGAGGUGGCAGCACUGGAGCGUGGAGUCAGACAACUUAAGCAGCGUUGUGACAAGUGCACUGAUAAAUGUGACAAGAUGCUGCGACGAUUGGCCGCAGCGAGGGAUGAGCUGGGCAAAUUCAGUAACGAACUAAACGCCUUCAACACCUGGAUGGAGAGCGCGUACCGUACUCUAGAAGACAAAGAGGCAGCUCUGUCCAAGCUCAACAGCCUCCCCGACCAGAGCGAGGAUGUGCGCGAGUUCGUGUCGGAUGUCAUCGCGCAUCAGGCCGAUCUGAGGUUCAUUACUAUGUCGGCGCAGAAGUUCGUCGAUGAGAGCAAGGAAUUCCUCUCAAUCCUCAACGAAUACCGCACGUCCUUACCCUCCCGCCUCUCCCACAUCGCUCCGCGCGGCGACAGCGCGGUGCGGGAAGGCGCGGGCUCCGCGCGGCGCCGACACGCAGACCUGUGUGCGCGGGCGCAGAGGCUGCAGGACAGGCUGAGAGGAGCCGCUGAUGUUACCAGGCAUUAUCAUGAUGCUUUGCAGAGGGCGGGCAGGUGGAUUAGUGAGGUGGAACCACAAGUGAACUCGGCGCUAUCAGAGCCAGUGGGCGGAGAGCCACGAGCAGUUGAGUCGCAACUGUCGAAGGCCAAAGCUUUGCACAACGAGAUCAUCUCGCAAGGACGGCUCAUUGAUAAUGCUAAGGAUGCAUGCGAGAACCUAGUAAAAUCCCUAGAAGGCAAUCUCACCCCAUCUGAGAUCCGCCAACUCGAAGUUCCCGUACUAGACCUGACUGCCCGUUACAAGGACAUAGUGGAGGGUAUAGGAUCACGAUGCUCGGAGCUUGAGGCCGCCUUACUGCAGUGCCAGGGUCUGCAGGAUGCUGCAGAGACUCAGGCGCACUGGGUCGGACAGGCUGAGAGCUUGUUCAAGAGCCAACAAAAACCAGCCUCCCUUAUUCGUGAACGCCUCGACGAACAGAUGCGCGAACAACGCAUCGCUAUUGGCGAGUUGGAAGCCAGGCGGCCAACGUUGGCCAAACUGUUGGCCAGCGCCCGCCAAGCUGCGCUCACGCCCUCUAACGCGAGGAUCGCUAAGAAAUUGGAGCAGAGGGCUGAUGAUAUUUAUGCUAGAUACGAGAAACUACUAGAACGUUCGAGCAAACGCGGCGAGUUCCUCGAAGAAGUAUCAUCAGAGUUGUCACAAUUCACCGCGCAGGCCUCAACUCUGGACGCUGCGUACGCUCAGCUGAUUGAACAAGCUGAUACCAGGGAGCUGGCUAGAAUGCCCGCUGAGGAGAUAGGGGGCAGGUUGACGCAGUUGGCUCAGUUCAGGGACAAACAAAUGCCACUGUUGGAAGAGUGCCUGCGUAACGGCAAACAACUCAUCUCUAAGAAGGAUGUUACCGACACACAUGUCAUCCGCGAUAGGAUGAAGGCUCUUGAAAACCAAUGGCGUGACUUCAACGCGACUCUAGAAGAGAAACAGAAGUUAUCCAAGCAGAGAGCCGACCAGCUCAACCAGUACGAGAGCCUUAAGAUACAAGUCCUAGACUGGCUGCAAUCCAUGGAGAACCGGGUAACCCGGUUACAACCGGUAGCAGUGGACCUCGACGUUAUCAAACAACAACAGGACGAGCUCAGACCCCUGGCCAAGGAGUACAGGGACUUCUCUAUCACUAUCGAUAAGGUGAACGAAGCGGGUGCGGUUUACGAGGCGCUGACCCGCGGCGACCGCGCGGACAGUCCGCACAGGAAGCGACAGAUCUACAGCCCUACUAAACGACAGACGCCUAGCCGCACAUUGGACGGUCGUUCCCCGUCACCCAGCAAGGGCCACGGUCUCGUCAGUCCUGGCUCUACUCACUCUACGUCUAGCGGAUUCUCUUCGAGACGGUCCAGCCAGGAUGGAUUCCAUCUUGAAGAGCUAUCCCCAGUCCAGCAGCAGCUAUCGGAGAUCAACAACCGCUACAGUCUGCUCGGCACCAAGCUUUCAGACAGGACUGCUGAGCUGGACGCCGUGAGAGAGGAACUCAGGAAACAUCUCGACAGUCUGAGGGCGCUUAACACUUUCUUGGACAAGGUUCAACGCCAACUGCCCAAGGAGUCUGUUCCCAACACGAAGGAGGAAGCCGACAAGACCAUCAAGCAAGCUCGCGCCGUGCUCGAAGAGAUGUACGAGAAGCAAAGCAUACUCGACUCUACUAAGACUCAGGUUCGCGAGCUACUCAAACGCAAACAAAGCGUACUGGGUGCCGACAGACUUCAUGAUGAGAUGGAAGACGUUGCGUCAAGGUGGAAGGCGCUACACGAUGCCUUCAAGGACAAGAUCCGUCUGAUGGAAGAGAUGAAGGACUUCCACGACACUCACAGCAACCUGUCGCAGUGGCUGCUGGCUAAGGACCGCAUGAUGGCCGCGCUCGGGCCCAUCUCCUCAGACUCCAGGAUGGUGCAGACUCAAGUGCAGCAGGUGCAAGUCCUCCGCGAAGAGUUCCGUGGCCAGCAGCCUCAGCUGGCUCACCUCGAGGAAGUGGGUGCUGCGGUACUAGACCGCCUUGAACCUUCGUCGCCUGACGCCAACAAGCUGAGGCAGAAGGUCACUGAUGUUCAGGAUAGGUGGAACGAUUUGUUGAACAAACUGGAACAGCGCGCAGACAGCCUAGGCGCGAUGGCGGACACGUCGCGCGAGUUCGACGCCGGCCUCGCGCGGCUCAGAGACGCUCUCCACGCGAUCGCUGACAAACUCGACGACACGGCCACUGAGACUGAGCCGGAUGAACUGUUGAGGAAGAUUGAGAACCUAGAACGCCAACUAGAAGGUCAGCGACCUCUCCUCGCCGACCUCGAAGGCGCCGGCGCAGCGCUAGCGCAAGUGCUCUCCGACCCAUCAUCAAGGCAGGACAUACAGAGCAAGUUGGCAGCUGUGGCCAGGCAGUAUGAUAACCUGCAGAGGAAAUUGGACCAUAGGAAGGCGGAAAUAGAGGCUGCUUUGAAGGACGGCCGCAACCUAGAAGAGAACGUAGCCCGCACAUUAGGCUGGCUGCAAUCGGAACUGAACUCCCUUCCCUCGCGGCUGCAAGUAUCAGCCGACGCCACUAAGCUGCAGCAACAAUUGGAACGACAUGAGCCGUUAUAUAGAGAGCUGACUCAGAGGGAACAUGAGCUUAUUAUGUUGUUGGAUAAAGGCCGCGAGAUGGAGAAGAAGCCAGCGCAUCAGAACUUGCGCAAGGAUCUCGACAGGAUUCAGACGCAGUGGGACAAACUCAAGCGGGAGACUGUCGAUAGGCACACUAGGCUGCAGACUGCUAUGGAGCACUGCCGCAAAUUCCACAAGGCGCAAGAAUCCUUCGUACCCUGGCUAUCAGACCUGGAAGACAGGCUCGCCAAGCUGCCAGCCACCGCCUUCACGAAGAAGGAGGUCGAAAAGCAGCUGCGAGAGCUGCAGCAGAUCAGAAAUGAUAUCUGGAAGAGGUCUGGUGAAUAUGAGAACAACAAGACGCUUGGUGAGACGUUCAUCUCGGCGUGUGAUGUAGAUCAGGAUGUGGUCAGGAAACUGCUGGAUAGCAUGAAGGAGAGAUGGGAUAGGAUUAACAAUGAAGUGCUCCAACAAGUAGAAUUCCUAGAAACAACAGCCCGCAAGCUCGGCGAGUUCGCCGAACGCGUCCGAGCAGUCGACACUCCGCUGCAGCGCUGCGAGGAGCGACUGCAAGAGGCUCUCGCCGCGCCGCCCGCGCAGGCCGCCGAGGCCGUCGCCAGGCUCGCCGACCAGAUACAUGCGCUUAGAGCGCCACUACAGAGCAUCAACUCAGCAGCCGACGACAUCGUCUCCCUAGCUCUGGAAUGUUCCGGCCGUGAUGCGGCGUCCCGCGCUCGAGAAGUGCUGGAAGAACAGGCUCAGGCUCUGGCUGACAGGCUGGAAGACCUGGAAGCUAGGGCUGGAGAUGCUAAGGGCAAGAUGGCUGGUGCUGCUGCUGCUAUGACGCUUUUCCAGGACAAAGUAAAGAACCUAUCCCACGACCUAUCGGACUUAGAAAAAGAACUUGACGGCAUGAAGCCCCCCGGACGAGACAUAAAGACCGUCCGCCAACAGUUGGACGACAUCGGCCGGUUCUACAAGCGAUUGGAGAAGGCGGACGAUCUGGUCGGAGAUACCGAACGCGCGGCCGAGACGCUGGUCGACAGUGGAUACACUGUUGAUAGUGCUAAGACUAGGGAUCAGGUGGAAGGACUUCGUAAACAGCUAGCGAAGUUAGACGAACGCGCUCGCUCCAAGGAACAAGAUCUGGACGACACUCUGAGCAAACUGGAAGCUUUCUACAAAGCUUACGAUUCCGUCAUGGAUGAUGUUAGCGAGGCUGCAGAACAAGUCAGAAGCCUCAAACCUGUAUCCUCCGAGGUCGAACAGAUCAGAUCCCAACAGAAGGACUUUGCAGAACUGAAACGCCGAACCCUGGAGCCUCUCGGUCAGAACGUGGCUCAUUGCAACAAGAUAGGCCAAGGGCUGGUCCGGUCGGCUUUGCAGGGAGUUAAUACCCAGGUGCUAGAGAAGGAUUUGGAGAAAAUGAAUGACAAGUGGAAUGCUUUGAAGGAGAAGAUGAACGAGCGCGAACGUCGCCUCGACGUAGGUCUCCUACAAUCGGGCAAGUUCGCCGAAGCUCUCGCUGGCUUAGAGAAAUGGCUCGCCGACACCGAAGACAUGGUGAAUAACCAGAAACCACCCUCCGCUGAUUACAAGGUGGUUAAAGCUCAGCUGCAGGAGCAGAAGUUCCUCAAGAAAAUGCUAAUGGACCGUCAGAACUCGAUGUCCUCCCUAUUCGCGAUGGGUAACGAGGUGGCGGGCGGCUGCGAGGCUGCCGAACGAAAGGCCAUAGAGAAACAACUCAAGGGUCUGAUGCAGAGGUUCGAUGCUCUCACUAAUGGUGCUCAGCAGAGGAUGCUGGAUCUUGAACAGGCUAUGAUGGUCGCGAAGCAAUUCCAGGAAGAGCUACAACCACUGGUUGAGUGGCUCGGCACUACAGAACGCAAGGUGAAGUCGCUGCAACUCGUGCCCACUGACGAGGAGAAGAUACAGCAUAAGAUCAGGGAGCACAAGAACUUGCACGAGGACAUAAUCUCGAAGCAGCCUGCGUUCAAGCAACUCACGGAAACGGCGUCCACUCUGAUGGGACUGGUCGGCGAUGAUGAAGCCACGGCCUUGGCUGACAGGCUGCAAGCCGCUACUGACAGAUACCAAGCCCUAGUGGACCACAGUCUCAACAUCGGUGACCUUCUAGAAGCAUCUCGCAAGGGUCUACGUCACCUAGUCCUGACCUACCAGGACCUGUCUGCCUGGAUGGACUCAAUGGAACAAUACCUGGCUAAGAGGAAGAUUCUGCCGGUGCAUAUGGAGAAACUGUUGAGGCAAAUGGAUGAGCUCGCUGAAAAAACCGAAGAAAUAGCAUCAAAACAAGAAGCAGUAGACAGCACAGUGGAAUCAGGCCUCGAACUCAUGAAGCACAUCUCUGGUGACGAGGCUCUCCAGCUGAAAGACAAGCUGGAUGCUCUACAGAGGAGAUACAACGAUCUGACUAGCCGGGGCGCUGAGCUGUUGAGGGUGGCGUCGGAGACCUUGCCGCUGGUGCAGCAGCUUUAUAAUAGUCAUGGCAGACUAACAGACUGGAUGGCUGGCGCGGAAUCGUGUCUACAAUCCGUCGAACCUCGUGAGGAAGAUAUUCUCCGGUUAGAAGCUGAGCUGCAAGAGUACAGACCAGUGUUGGAGAACAUCAACCAGAUUGGACCACAGCUGUGCCAGAUUUCCCCCGGAGAAGGCGCGACACACAUCGAGAGCAUUGUGACGCGCGACAACCGACGCUUCGACGCCAUCGCAGAACAAGUGCAGCGGAAGGCUGAGAGGUUACUGCUUAGCAAGAAGCGUUCCCUCGAAGUAGUAGGCGAUAUGGAAGAAGUCCUCGAAUGGCUACGCGGCGUAGACUCAGCACUGCGAGCCGCCGAGCCUCCGUCCUGCGACGCGCCCACAGUUCGCGCUCAGCUCAAGGAACAGCGCCCGUUGAGUGAUGACGUAGCGGCGCAGAGAGUUAGGGUUAGAGACCUGCUUAGUCAGGCUAAGAAGGUCCUCCGCGAAUGCCAGUCAUCAGAAGAGACAGCCGUCAUCCGCGACCGCAGCGAGGAGCUCAAGGAGAUGAUGGAGGAAGUGGGGCAUCUCAGCGCGGAGCGACUCGCCGCACUCGAGCAAGCAUUGCCGCUUGCUGAGCACUUCGCUGAUACACAUCAUGGUUUAUCCUCAUGGUUGGACGACAUGGAGAAGCAGAUUCAGAUGCUGGCGAUGCCGGCGCUUCGACCCGAACAAAUCGUUCAGCAGCAAGACAAGAAUGAAAUGCUGCAACAAUCGAUCAACAACCACAAACCACUGGUAGACAAACUAGUUAAAACGGGCGAAGCGCUGUCGAAGCUCUGCGGAGACGACGACGCCGCUAAAGUACAGGACAUCGUGGACGGAGACUGCGAGAGAUACAACGCGCUUAGAGCCGAACUCAGGCAGAGGCAGCAGGAACUCGAGCAGGCGCUACAGGAAUCGUCUCAGUUCUCUGACAAGCUAGAAGGCAUGCUACGUGCUCUAUCGGGCGCUGCCGACCAGCUGCACCGCGCCGAGCCCGUAUCCGCACACCCGCCUAAGAUUGAAGACCAAAUCGACGAGAACAACGCUCUAGUAGAAGAUCUAGAGAAGAGAACGGAAGCUUACAACGCGGUACAACGCGCAGCCUCUGACGUCAUCAGCAAGGCUAACAAGAGCGACCCAGCUGUCAGGGAUAUUAGGAAUAAGCUUGAUAAGCUUAAUAAACUAUGGGGCGACGUCCAAAAAGCCAGCUCGGAACGCGGCAACUCGUUAGACGCCACACUGGAGGUGUCGCGUCGCUUCUGGGCGGCUCUACACGCCGUCAUGGCACAACUAGGGGAGCUGGAAGACACGCUGUGUGCGCAGGCGCCGCCCGCCGCGCAGCCCAGAGCUAUACAAGCGCAGCAAGUGGCCUUGCAGGAGAUUAGGCACGAAAUUGACCAUACUAAGCCUGAGGUGGAGAAAGUCCGCAAGACCGGAUCAACUCUCAUGUCUCUCUGCGGAGAACCGGACAAGCCAGAGGUGAAGAAACAUAUGGAAGACCUGGACAGCGCGUGGGACAAUAUCACCGCGUUAUAUGCGAGGAGAGAGGAGAACCUUAUCGAUGCUAUGGAGAAGGCUAUGGAGUUCCAUGAUACUUUACAGAAUCUCCAAGAAUUCCUCGACUCUGCGGAAGACAAGUUCUCUCGCAUGGGACCCCUCGGCUCAGACAUCGAUGCUGUCAAGCGUCAGAUCGCACAACUAGCCUCCUUCAAGCAGGAAGUCGACCCGCAUAUGGUGAAGGUUGAGGCUCUUAAUAGGCAAGCGCAAGAGCUCACAGAACGAACAUCAUCCGAACAAGCGGCCGCCAUCAAGGCGCCUCUAACCGAGGUCAACUCUCGCUGGUCGGCCUUACUCCGAGGCAUGGUGGAGAGGCAGCAGCAGUUAGAACGAGCCUUGCUGAGGCUUGGGCAGCUACAACAUGCCUUGCAAGAGUUGUUGUCUUGGAUUGAGAAUACUUCGGCUACGUUGGAUACUUUGAAACCGGUUGCCGGCGACCCACAAAUCCUCGAAGUGGAGCUAGCUAAACUCAAAGUGCUAGUUAACGACAUCGCAGCCCACCAAGCGAGCGUGGACACGCUGAACGACGCCGGCGCACAGAUAGUGCAGCAGGGUACGGGUACGGACGAGGCUGGCGAGACCGCUGAGAAGUUGGCAACACUCAACAGAAAAUGGCGCGAAUUACAACAGAAGGCCAGAGAUAGACAGACUGAGCUUGAAGAUGCGCUUAGAGAGGCUCAGAGCUUCAACGCUGAAAUCGGAGACCUGCUAAGCUGGUUAUCUGAAGUGGACAGCGUGAUCGCCGCGUCUAAACCCGUCGGCGGCCUGCCCGAGACUGCCUCUGAACAACUCGAGCGGUUCAUGGAGGUAUACAACGAGAUCGAAGCGAACCGUCCGAAGGUGGAGGCAGUUCUACAGCAAGGUCAGGAGUAUCUCAAGAAGCAGGAGCGCCCCAACCCCACCUCGCAGCUGCAUCAUAACCUCAAGAACUUGAAGUCCAGAUGGGAUAAUGUUACUGCUAGGGCGUCAGACAAGAAGAUAAAGCUAGAGAUAGCUCUGAAAGAAGCGACAGAAUUCCACGACGCGCUGCAAGCAUUCGUGGACUGGCUCACCAGCGCUGAGAAGACUCUGACAUCCGCCAAACCCGUGUCUAGGGUCAUGGAGACGCUGCUUACCCAAAUCGAAGAGCACAAAUCCUUCCAAAAGGAAGUAGCUACCCACCGCGAGACGAUGCUACACCUAGACAAGAAAGGAACUCAUCUCAAGUACUUCAGUCAGAAGCAAGAUGUCAUACUCAUCAAGAACUUGCUAGUUUCCGUGCAGCAUCGCUGGGAGAGAGUCGUGUCUAAAGCCGCGGAGAGAACCAGGGCGUUGGAUCAUGGCUUUAAGGAGGCUAAGGAGUAUAAUGAUAUGUGGCACAACCUUAUGAACUGGUUGAACGACACAGAACAACAACUGGAUACGCUCAAUGCUGAGGCCACUGUCAACGACCCUGAGAAGAUCAAACAGAGGUUAACAAAACACCGCGAGUUCCAAAAGGCUCUAGCCGCCAAACAGCCAGUCUACGACCAGACAAUGAAGACUGGUAAACAGCUGAAGGACAAAGCGCCUAAGGGCGAUGAGAAUACUCUGAAGGCCAUGAUGUCUGAUAUGAAGACCAAGUGGACCACCGUCUGCUCCAAGGCUGUUGACAGACAACGCAAGCUAGAAGAAGCGCUACUCUACUCAGGACAGUUCAAAGACGCCAUGUCGGCUCUGCUGGACUGGUUGAAGAAACAACAGAAAGAACUGGGUCAGGACUCGCCAGUACAUGGUGAUCUGGAUACCGUGAUGGCACUUAUUGAGCAGCAUAAGCAAUUCGAGGAGGAUCUUCACUCACGCGAACAACAAAUGCAUUCCGUCAUGAAGACCGGCAAAGAUCUAGAAGCAACGGUGCCUCGUGAAGACGCAGCAAGUAUUCGGCAACAGUGCAGCGAGCUGAAGACCGCGUGGGAGGCUGUCCAGUCUCUCAGCGAGAAGAAGGCUCAUAAACUUGAAACUGCGCUUAAAGAGGCCGAAAAACUACACCGUUCAGUGAACAUGCUUCUCGAAUGGCUCUCCGACGCGGAAACCAAGCUUCGAUUCUCCGGCCAACUACCCGAAGGCGACCAGGAAACACAACAACAGAUCCGCGAACACGAACGAUUCGUUCGCGAACUGAACGAAAAGCAGAGAGACAAGGAUGAUACUAUCACUCUUGCGCAUUCCAUCUUGAGUAAGGCACACCCAGAUGCUGUGACUGUGAUCAAACACUGGAUAACUAUUAUUCAGAGUCGGUGGGAUGAGGUAUGGCAAUGGGCGAUGCAGCGCGGCAGCAAGCUUGAGACGCACAUGCAGAGCCUGAAGGACUUGGAUCUGGUGCUCGAAGAACUGCUGCAAUGGCUCAUCGGCUUGGAGAACACACUGCUAUCGCUCGAAUCGGAACCGCUACCGGAAUCGAUCGAGCUUCUCGAAGGUCUCAUUGAAGAUCAUAAGGAACUGAUGGAGCAUACGCAGAAGAGACAGAACGAGGUCGACCGAGUCUGCAAGGCUUACCAAGUUAAGAGUCAAAGCCAAGGCCGGGAGAGCACACCAAGGAAGGUUUCGGCCAAGACCGCCACUAAGGGAGCACCUGGUCGCGGUUCUCAGCACGACCUCAAUAGAGAGAGAUCGGUUUCGCCUGAUUAUUACGGAUCUAGGCGGUUCAGGUCCCGGAUUCACACUCGAUAUAGGAGAGGAAGUCGCGUGAGUCCUGGACGGGAGACGCCUGAUCGCAAUCUACCGCACUACGGCCCCAGGUUCCCGGCUAAGGGAAGCAGCAAAGGCGCCGAGCCUGAGUUCAGGUCUCCUCGCGUCAAACAACUAUGGGACAAGUGGCGUACUGUGUGGCUCCUCGCGUGGGAGAGACAGAGGAGGCUGCAUGAGCGUCUGAUGCAUCUGAAGGAGCUGCAGCGAGUGUCUAACUUCAGUUGGGAUGACUGGAGAAAGAGGUUCCUGAAGUUCAUGAACCACAAGAAGUCCCGCCUGACGGACCUGUUCCGCAAGAUGGACAAGGACAACAACGGUCUCAUACCGCGACACGAGUUCAUCGACGGAAUUAUCAACACCAAAUUCGACACAUCUCGCCUGGAGAUGGGCGCCGUUGCUGACCUGUUCGACAGGAACGGCGGCGGCCUCAUCGACUGGGAGGAGUUUAUCGCCGCGCUCAGACCUGACUGGGUUGAACGCCGUGGUCCGCCAACCGACGCGGAUAAGAUCCACGAUGAAGUGAAACGCCUCGUCAUGCUCUGCACUUGCCGGCAGAAGUUCAGGGUGUUCCAAGUCGGAGAGGGCAAGUACAGGUUCGGUGAUUCUCAAAAACUUCGCCUGGUCCGUAUCCUCCGUUCGACCGUCAUGGUCCGAGUCGGAGGCGGAUGGGUCGCCCUCGACGAGUUCUUGGUCAAGAACGAUCCCUGCAGAGCUGAGGAGUUUAUGGAGCAGCUGAGGCCUAUAUUUGAGGCUCUACGGCAGCGCGAGGAGCUUCCGUGUUCCUAUCCUCUGCACGUCGGUUCAACACAUGGCACUAAGCAGGCGUUCAUAUACGGCCACUCAAGAUCUCAAGGUUCCACCACGCCGGGCGCGCAUCAUUAUAGCCACCACCAUGGCUACCAGCCCUCUCCAGGAUAUCAUUGGGUAAGGGAGCGUACUGCUCGUUCCGUACCAAUGUCCGCGGGAGUAGUGGCUGGCAGAGCGUCGAGGUCUUCCCUGAGCGCUGGCACACCUGACUCCUUGAGCGACAAUGAAGCAGCAAGUGGACUUGGAGCGAGGUACAGGAAACCCAGCGUGCCAAGGUCAACGUUAACGCCCGGAGGAUCCCGACCAGGCUCAAGACCAGGUUCACGAGCAGGAUCAAAACCACCUUCAAGGCACGGAUCAAAUCUCUCUCUAGAUAGUACAGAUGACGUAUCGACACCAUCUCGCAUCCCGAUGCGUAGGGUGACAAAUACCAAGACGUCGAUAGCUCGCGCGGCUGCCAACGCCAGCAAGCUCGGCGUCACAACACCCAAUGGAGGAUCUCGACCGCGCACACCAACCGGCUUCCUGACCCCAGCUAGCGGAAGGUAUGCUACCGGCGGGAUGUACCGCACGUCAAGUAUACCGACACUGUCACCGGUGCCGGCGUUAGUGAGCUCGACACAUUCCCAGCCAUCCUCAAUGGCGUCCGAACAUCCCAAAUCCUUAUCCCAUACUCAUCCAGCAUUCCAAACACAAGGUUCCACAAAAAUUCCAGUUUACGUUGGCAACCGCUCUCACCGCUCCCCGUCCGUUGAGAGGCGAUUGAAAAUAUCCAGAAAAUCUCACUCUCGAGAAACUUCCCAAGAACCCAGUCCCACUUCCCAAGGCCCCUCGAGGAAGUCAGAGCAGAGAAGUCCCGAAGACGACUCCUCACUAUUCAGCAUAUCGGGAAUGACGAGCGACAAUGAAUAUGAGAGUAAUAUAAGCGAGUCGAGCGGCGAAGCGUCAAAGCCGACCCAGCGCGACGUCAAAGGGAGUGGGUCGUUUGCCUCUACUGAAGGACAAACGCCCGGCCGAAGUCGCAUCCCAGUACUAAAGGAUCACCAUACUAACAGUAAUACGAAUAGGCAAAGGACGCCCUCUGGGAGCACAACGCCAGUGCGAUCUGGUCAGCAGACUGCGGUGACUCGGCUGAUGAGGAAGACGUCAGACUCGUCCGACGCGGGCACGCCGACCACGCCUGCCUCACGACGCGGUACUCCUGCAUCAUCUCGAACUACGGAGAAACGCGAACCAUUCCGACUUUAGACGAUAAAAAUAACGCCAACCCCACACACUUUGUAAUUGUGAACUUACCAAAAUUAUGAAGUCGGGGAUAUCACCUACGCUAUGCAAGUCGCUCUGACGUUAAGCUAUUCAAUUUAAAAUCAUGUUUAAUCAAUUGCCAAAAUUAUUAUAUACCCCACCUUUAAAAUUUUUACCACGAGAGAGCGGCUCGCAUGGACGUGGGCCGCCGACAUAACAUUUAAUAACUAACAUAAAUUAACCAACGCGCGAAUUAAGCCAAGCUUAAUAAAAAAAUACGCCAAUAUGGCUUUUAAUUUAAGUGAGAACAAUUUAUAGAUAAUGGUAUUAGUAAAACUUAAAGUCUGCACUUGUUGCCUUGUAUUUUUUUCUAAAAUCCGCGCCAGUUUUUGCACUUCGUAAUUUCUUGUUUUAUUUAUUUGUGCUGUCGAGAUUUACAGGACAUGUUUGUUCAUUAGUCGAUGUGAAUAAAAUACUUUCUCUUAUUUAUUGUCAACGUUGCCAUAAUUGUUAGUGUACCUAUGUUUUUGUAUGUAAAAUGCGUAUUAAUGUCUCUAUACAGAGGCUGGUAAAGUGUGAUGACGAUUUUAAUAUUGUUUUCUUUAGGGACCAUUUGGUUUAACGGAUUAAUGAAGAUAGGUGAUUGUUGACUAUGGCUUUGAGACUGUCGCACUCUUGCGCGUAUUUCGCCAGAUAUGCGUUCAGACAGAUGGUUCCAAAGCUAUCGUCCGCAAUCUAUUAAGGUGAUAAUAGAAUACUUUUUCUUUUGUAAUGCACAAUUAUGUGUUUCCCUUCAUAUUUUUAAGUCUUAUUUGUCAUAAGACCUGAUUUUUGAUUUGAUAAUUAUUCUUCUGUUUUAUACACUUUCUGUAUAUAAUUUAUGUAUUUAUCACAAUUGCACAAUCUCAAAUCGAGAAAAACAGAUAUUUCGUUUGAUAAAACAGUACUUCACUCCUGGCUUUCGCCAGGGUCGGGAGUGUCUUACGUGUUUAUAAAGAAAUCAAAAAUCUGAUCAUGAUGACCGAAAUAUUUAUAAGUAAAUCAAGUACAGUGUCGUAAAGACGUUGUUUAUUAAAGCGCUAAGAAUAUUUUGAUAUUUAUUGAAAUAACGCUUUAAAAUGUAACCUCUUUCAAAAUGUUAACCAUCGCUCACCAUUUAUUUGUAAGUUUUUAAUAUAAAUCUGUCCCUGUUAUUAAGCUUAAUUAUUAUUAUUACGAAAAAUUAUUAAUCUGGUCAUUUUUAUUUAAAUCAUUGUUAUAUUUGUUAUGUAAAAUCGUGGCAAAUCUACUAAAAGGCUUAUGAUAUUUUUUGUAUAAAAGGAUAUCGUUGCAUUACAACUGUUUAAAAUCUCAUAACAAAAUACCUAUCAAAUAAAUGAAAAGUAACAAUUAUGAAA